AUGACCAUGAUUACAUGUUUGUGGACGGCUGCAGUGGCAGCCUUAUAUUGCAAAAUUUCUUUAGCAAUGGAUUUAGACACAUCCGAUGCUACUUCAAUUUGUUAUGAUACUGCUUUAAUUCAAGGUGGUAUGUUAGAUUAUUAUGAAGGUACUAGAUAUGGUGGUACUGUAGGGAUGUUUCAAAGUCCUUAUUAUUGGUGGGAAGCUGGUGAAGCCUUUGGUGGUAUGAUUGAAAAUUGGUUUCUUUGUCAAAAUGAUACUUAUAAAUCUUUAAUAUCUGAAGCAUUAUUAUAUCAAGCUGGUACUUCUUAUAAUUUUAUACCAGAUAAUCAAACUAUGGUGGAAGGUAAUGAUGAUCAAGGGAUUUGGGGUUUAACAGUAAUGGAUGCAGUUGAAAGAAAUUUAACCGAUCCAACAGGUGAUAAUGUUCCAGGUUGGUUAUCAAUGGCUCAAGCUGUAUUUAAUACUAUAUGGGCUAGAUGGGAUUCUGCUAAUUGUGGUGGUGGUGUAAGAUGGCAAAUUUUCACUUGGAAUUCAGGUUAUAACUAUAAAAAUACUAUUUCUAAUGCUUGUUUAUUUCAAUUAGCCGCAAGAUUAGGUAGAUAUACUGGUAAUGAUACUUAUUUGGAAGUCGCUGAUGAAGUAUUUACUUGGCUUGUUGAUGUUGGUUACGUCGUACUUGCAGAUACAGCUAAUGUAUUCGAUGGUGCAGAUAUUGCAGAUAAUUGUACAGAUUUAACCAAAUUGGAAUGGUCAUAUAAUCAUGGUGUUGUACUUGGUGGUGCUGCAUAUAUGUAUAACGCAACAAAUGGUACUUCUGAAUGGGAAACUCGUGUUACACAACUAUUAAAUGGUGCCACUACUUAUUUCUUUAAAGAUGGAAUCAUGUACGAAAUGGCUUGUCAGGAUUAUAAGACAUGUAAUAAUGAUCAACGGUCUUUCAAGAGUAUUUUCUCAAGAAUGUUAGGUUUUACUAGUGUAAUGGCUCCAUUUACCGCAGAUACUAUAAAUCCAUUAAUUAAGACAAGUGCCGAGGGAGCCGCAACGACUUGUAACGGUGGUUCAGAUGGUCAUACUUGUGGGUUGAAUUGGCAAGCUAGUACACAUGACGGUUAUUAUGGUCUUGGUGAACAAAUGUGUGCUUUAGAAGUAAUACAAACUUUACUAAUUCAUGAUAGACCAGCUCCUUAUAAAGCAAGUAAUGGGGGUACUUCUGAAGGUAAUGCUAAUGCGGGACUGGAUACAUUAACAACGAAUGUUCUAAAGAAUGAAUUAAAUAUACAACAAAAAGAUCGUGCUGGUGCCGCUAUAAUUACAGCAAUCGUUCUAGUGGCACUAACUGGUGGUGCCAUUUGGAUGUUGUUUUAA